GAGAGAGAGAGAGAGAGAGAAGGAAGAAAACUGUUGAGCCGAAAAUGGAAAGAAGAGGAAAGGAACAAAACCAUGGGCAAAUCCUCUGGCGACCGCAAAACCAAAACCGGCUGCUCCCUCCGCCACCAUCUCCUCCUUCUUCUGUAUAUUACUUUCCUUCCUCCGCUGACCACCUCCUUCUUAUCCAUCCCCACUCCUUAUCUCAAAACCCUGCACUGCUUCCGACACCGCCGCCUUCGUUUGAUCUCCAUAUCUUGAACCUAUUCAUCGUCUCCGGGUAGCUAGCUGUUUCCUCUUCUGGGAUAACUGAGUGAAAAAGGCUUGCUUUUCAACAAAAGCAGUCCUCUGCGGCAUUUCGUCGAACACCCUGUUCCGCUCAUCAUUUCUCCAGCUGGGAGGGAUGGCAUCUACAGGAAUGCUACAGGGUCUAGAAUUUCCGCUCCACCCGCAACAACCAAACCCUCAAAACAAUCCCCAGCCAAACUUACAGCAGCAUAGCUCACACCACCACCACCACCACCAUCCUCAAAUUGUGGCUUCUGCUUUUACCGCUCCCCACCAACUCCAACCAGUCAAACAAAACAACCCAUACCCACCUCCUCAAUUCACCACCUCAAAGCCCAAAUCCCCGCUAACCGACGACGAGGAUGCAGGCGGAGAAGACCCUCUCUCUGGUGGGGAUCCCAAGCGAAAGAUGUCACCUUGGCACAGAAUGAAGUGGACUGACAGCAUGGUAAGGCUUCUAAUCAUGGCCGUGUACUAUAUAGGCGAUGAAGUUGGUUCAGAACCCAGCGAACCAGCCCCAACAACAUCGAAGAAGAAGGCAGGAGGAGCCCAAGGAGGGUUGUCUCAGAAGAAAGGGAAAUGGAAGUCUGUCUCAAGAGCCAUGAUGGAGAAGGGCUACUAUGUAUCGCCACAGCAAUGCGAGGACAAAUUCAACGACUUGAACAAGAGGUACAAAAGGGUCAAUGAUAUCCUCGGCAGAGGAACAGCUUGCAAGGUUGUGGAGAAUCAGUCUUUACUCGAGACAAUGGAUUUGUCUCCCAAGAUGAAAGAUGAAGUGAAGAAAUUGCUCAGCUCCAAGCACUUGUUCUUCAGGGAAAUGUGUGCUUACCACAACAGCCCUCAAUUGCAGCAGCAGCAGCAGCAGAAGUGCGCCCAUUCUGAGAACAGUGGCCACGGGCCAGCACCCAAUUCCCAUGAAGAUGAUGACGAGGAUAGUGAUGAUGAUGAUGAUGAUGACGACGACGAAUACAAUGAGGAAGAAGAAUUCGAGCAUAGCAGCCAUGGACAUGGUCAAGAAGAAGGAGAUGACGAGGUUCGUGAUCAAGAGCUGCGGCAUAAAAAGGCAAAAAGGAAGGGGGAGGAGAUGAUGAUGACGACCUCGGCUUCAAUGAGGGAAUUCGGUGGGGAAUUGGCAAGCGUGGUGCAGGACGGAGGGAGGAGUGCGUGGGAGAAGCUGCAGUGGACGAAGGCGAGGAUGGUGGAGCUGGAAGAGCAGAGAAUUGGGUAUCAGGCGCAGGCAUUAGAGAUAGAGAAGCAGAAGCUGAAGUGGGUUAAGUUUGCUGGGAAGAAAGAGAGGGAGAUGGAGAGGGUUAAAAUAGAGAACGAGAGGAAGAAGAUUGAGAAUGAGAGGAUGGUUUUGCUUAUAAGAAGGAAAGAGCUUGAAUUGCUUGAUGUUCAACACCAACAGCAACAUCAGCAGCAAGUUUGUUCGAGCAGGAGGAGCGAUCCCUCCUCGUUUGCUGGGUGA